CGCGACGCAAGCGGUGUGGUCAACCUAUUAGAGAGUUUUGGAAUUCACGCAUGAAAGGGUUCGGGCACAUUGAGGACGUGGAAUGAUGAAUUAUAUCAUAUUGGCGACCGUUUUUUCCAUGGUUUUUGCCGAAAAGUCACCUCGGCUGAAAUUCAUUGUAAAAGAGCCGGCCAGGUACCACUUCUCGAAACCGGAGAACUACAUGUCAGUGUACCACCAGGAGGGCACAAAUGUGCUGUACGUGGGGGGCCAGACAGUGAUCUACGUGCUGACUUUCACUGACAGGGGGGUCCGCGACCUGCAGAUCCCUGUGGUAACUGAUGAAAACGCAAAGGCAGCUUGCAUCGCCAAAUCAGACCCACCAAAGUUGGAGUGUGACAAUUUCAUAACAGUCAUUCAGAAAGUCAAUGACACUUUUGUGGUAUGCGGGACAAAUGCAGGAACCCCCAAAUGCUGGCUGCUGGUAAAUGACACUGUGCUGACUGACGCCCCCACCAAUGGACAGAUGGCACCAGCCUCUGACAUCUCCCCUCCCUACCCCUCCCAGAGGUCUGUCAGUCUGUCCGCAGAUGGGAAUCUAUACUCUGCUCUGUCAGCAGUGGGGCGUCACCCUGGCUCUAUCCGCCGGACCUACGGCACUCAGAAGCUCCUGAAGACUGAGACCAAGUGGCUGCAGAGCCCCCAGUUUGGUGGAGCAGCAGUAAUGCCAGCCUCUCAGAAACACAAGGAGGAGAUCUACUUCUUCUUCAGUGAGAUCAACAAGACGGCCAUGGUGGACGAGGAGCCCUACAGGUCGCGCAUCGGCCGAAUCUGCAUGGUGGACGAGGGGGGCAUAAAGAACCUGCUGGCGGACUCGUGGACUACCUUCCUGAAGGCAAGGGUGAUGUGUGGUGCGGGUAGCACCCCCCAGCAGUACAACAACAUCAGACAGGCCUUUGUGCUGUCUGACGUGGCCAACGAGAAGAGGACUGGGGUCAUGUACGGCCUGUUUGCCAACGCCUGGGACACAACAGUGAUAUGUGCUUACUCCAUCGAGGACAUUGACCAGGCCUUCGCCACGUCCAAACUGAAGGGUUACAGCAGUCCUCUGAUUGGACAUCGCCCUGGCACAUGUGCCUUCAAGAACUCCACGGCAGCCCACAACCCUAAGACCCUAGUGGUGAUCAGGGACCACCCGGAGAUUGAGGACGUGAUUAGUCCGGUCGGGGGAGCUCCGCUGAACCUGCCCACCGACGAUCACUUCACACACACUGUCGCUGCCAUUGUACUAGCAGUAAACGACGAGCACUAUAGCGUGCUGUACCUGGGAACAGAACAGGGGAAAGUGCUCAAGGUUCUGCACACUAUCGAGGAGGCCUUUAUCAUAUCCCAGUACUCCCUCUUCCAUAACGAGGGUCCUGUUCUAAGCAUGGCCAUCGACUCUAAGAAGGGCCACCUUUAUGUGGGCACGGCAAUGGAGGUCCAGCGCAUACCAUUGGCUGACUGCGGUCGCUAUGGAGACAGUUGCCGGGAGUGCAUUCUGUCUCGGGAUCCCUAUUGUGGUUGGGACGCAGCCAGGAGGAGGUGCACACCCAUCCCAGCUGGAUACAACAUCAGCACUGGGGCACUAACUCAAAGUCUGGACCAUUCCAAUGCCUCUAUCUGUGGUGAAGCUGCUGCACCGAAGACCCAUAGGACAAACCCCAAACAGGUGGUGAUUGACUCGGACGGCCCCGUUAACCUCCCCUGCCCCGUGCGCUCCUUUCACGCCACCUACCGCUGGGAGAAGGACAACUGUAUCCAGCACUACCCCUGCUUCAUCAUUGGAGACUCCUGUGUGCUGGAACCCACCCCUGACCUGCCCCUUAAGCAGGGGGUGUUCCGCUGCAUGGCCACGGAGAACGGCUACAAGGUGGAGGUGGUCUCCUACAGGCUGGUGAUCAACAGUGGGCCUCUGCCUGCCUCCUUGGCCUCCACCCUGGGGCCCUGCCUCCUGCUUGCUGCAGCUACCCUCUGGCUCCUGUAACCAUUGCAAAUGCUAAAGCUAACCCCUUAGCCUCUAAGGCCCUCUCUCUGUCAGACAAGAGAGGAGGGGCCACCAUACCCAGAUUAGGUUCGCAGAGCAUUGCUAUUAAUGGUCGGGUAAUGCGAUUAGUGUUGCCCACAGAGACUGUUUUCAGAAAAAGUGUUUUUUUAUUUAAUUUACAUUGUUCAGGAAAUGCCUGAAAAUAAACAAAGCCACUUAUUUUUAAAUUAUAUAUGGGCUUACCAUACUAAUCAAUACUGUACUGUUUAAACAAAAAAAAAUACCUAAAACAAACUGAAAAUACACAACAUUUAAACUGAAUUAAUACAUUAACAUCAAUAUGGGUUUUAUGGAAAGACAAACUAUAAUAUCAUGUCUUAGUCUGAAUUUUAAAUACAGAUUCAAACCACAAGAUGUGCUUUGCGAACCUUGCCUGUUCCACCCAAGAAAUGACAUCUCAUGAGUUGCGUUAAAUACCAUAUCAGGCCAAUUUCUCAACUUAUUUUUAAACUUGAUUGUCCUACUUUGUGAAUAUUUGAAGCUUGAAUACUGCUCUAACAUCCAAACAUCUUGUUGAAUGUCAUAAGUAUAGGAUAGUAUUUAGAAAAUGUCUGGUAUUGUGUAGAAAAAAGCCUUAACAAUUCUGAGACAUACCUCCUAAGCACAAUUUGCAGUGGAAGCAAAACUGAUCAAUUAUGUUGACUUGAAACUGUGAAUGAGGUGGCCAAGCCUUACUUUGAUGCUGGGAGGAAGUGUCAUCAUUUUGACAAGAAGUCAUAUUUUUGACAGGAAGUAGGUAGAAGAACAUGAGCUCAUCCUCGAACAUCACUGUGUCUCGGCAAGUCCUCUGCAGUAAAGGCCGUUUUUGCAUCAUUUUAUUGGAUAGUAUCAGACAUUCAUAUUAUGCUACUUCAUUUUCAAUAAACAUAAGUACAGUAAACAUCAUUCAGUGGCAGGUGAGGCCAAAUCAGAAUUGAGUAGAUGACAUGUAGAGUUAAUGGCAUUUUGCAGUUUGCUAUAUGAGAAAAAGCUUGUGAUUAUAUGAGUACUGUGUGUUAGGUAUUUUAUUGCUCCGCAAAUGCUGAUUUCCACCAUUGCUGCCUAUGUAUAUGAAAGUUAUUCUUGAUGGUUCAAGGUUUUAUACUGUGCGGAAGUCCCGAGAGGACAAUAAAAAAAUCCUUGUCAUGGCGAGAUAACUUAUUUAUCUCGUGAACACGACAUAACAAAAGUUGUUUUGUCGACAUCACGAGAUGAAUUCUAUAAAUAGGAGUAGACGCAUUGAUGAUAGAUUGACAUUAUGGCAGAGGCGAUAGAGCCCAUGGUGGAUCAGCACAUAUAUUUUUAUUGAUUGCUACACUAAGGGAUGGUACAUUUCAUGCUAACAUGUCGCUCAUUGACAGUUUAUAAAUUAGAAUGUUAGCAAGCUAAAUGUCCCUUACCUUGAGCUAAGAGUGGCAGGUAGCCUAGUGGUUAGAGCAUUGGGCCAGUAACUGAAAGGUUGCUAGAUCAAAUCCCUGAGCUAACAAAGUACAAAUAUGUCAUUCUGCCCUGGAACAAGACAGUUAACCCACUGUUCCUAGGCUGUCAUUGUAAUAAGAAUGUGUUCUUAACUGACUUGCCUAGUUAAAUAAAGGUUAAAAAAUAAAAGAGCUCUUGGGGCAUCUGAUACCUGAAAGGCUGGCUUGUUUCCCAGGUGGUGUGCCAAUUGCAUGCAAGCAACAAUGCAGCUAGUCUUGUGAGUGUCUUAGCUAGGUAGUCUUAUUAGCUAGCUAGCUUGUUAUAUAUGCUGGUUGUUGUUAGCUUGCAUAACUAAUGUGUAUAAUUGUAAGGGGCACUUCAUGUUUUAUGGAUAAUAUUACAAUUUACAGCAUGGGUGAGCUCAAUUCCUGACUGAUAAGAUUAUAUUUCUUCCUCAGAGCUUGAUCAGAUUCAAUAGCAGUCUCAGAUUCCACCUUGUAGGGUGUUUCAUAGGUACCGCUUCUUGCAGGCAGAUUAGCAGUCAGUGCAUUAUGUAUAUGAUCAAGACUGAGUGCGCUUGUUUCCUGGCAGGCUAAUUUGAUUCAGUAGCAGCCUCAGAGGCUGAUAAGUCAGGAUCCUGCCUAGUAGGGAUCCUGCCUAGUAGGGUGUCUGCAAGGAGCCUUACAUAUGAAACAACCUACAAGGCAGCAUCCUGAUUUAUCAGCUUCUGAGGCUGAAAUGUAAUCUGAUCAGCCUGUCAGGAAUGCAGCUCACCCACAGUAAAUGUGUCAGGCAUCGUUCAGGGCUUAAAUGCCUCACUUUGCGAUCAACACAGCCACAGGGCUCCUUGAUGAAGUGGUUAUCGUGCAUCUGAAGAAAUGAAUGGAUGAUGCAUGGUACUUUUGAUUAUCUCGUGAUCGCGACAAAACAACUUUUGUUAUGAAAUUAAUAUGUCUUGAUCUCGACAUAACGAGGGAACUUUAAAAAAAAUCAUAUGUCCUCUCUGGGUUUCCGUAAUACUGUGGUUAUACAAUGAUAUAACUCUUUGACUGCUUUAACUAACCUAUUCUCAAUGGGAAAAUCCAAUGCAUAAUUCUCAAAGGGGUUAUUUUCAUACUUGUAUCUGUAUGCUGUGACAAGCGCUUUACAUAAUUUGAUGGGCUCCUUUUGUGAAGUAGAACACUUUGAGCAGCCACCAUACUCUGGGGAGAAAGACUGAAAUUAAUGAUUUACAUAUUUGGAAGAUUUGGAACAAAAUUCCUCUUUAAGCAAUAGAUGUUUUUUAAUUUAGCACCUGACCUCAAAAAAUAAAAGUAUGUUGGAGACAGAGAAUGUUUGCUGGGAGGGAGUGGUUUACUCAGAGCAAAUGUUGAAUGUAACAUAGUAAUAUGAAUGUAGUUGCAACAAAAUGCAAGUCUAUUGUUCCCAUUUAUUGAUUGUAGUAUCUCAGUACUGAAGCACCAUCUUACAACCACUACGGUGUUUUGAACUGUGCCACUGAGCAUUGUGGCAAAUUUUGAAAUGGCAAAAAACCACUGUCGCCUGAAAAUAUUGGUCGAAAACAGGCUACAUACAUGCUGUUCUUGGAACAGUUUUAGCCAUAGUUCUGCAGGUUCCAUCUUUCUCUCUGGGGGUGGCUGUACGUUUGUUGUCUCGAGGUCUCAGGAGGAUCUGCCUGCUGCAUUGCACUGAUGCGGGAUAUUGACUGUGCCAAACAUAAGCUGUGUUGUGCCGCCUCAUCCGCCGCCUGCCGCUUCUCACUCACUUAGCACUUUGAGUAAUUGGUUUCCCAAAUCUCUUUCUCAAACUCACACAUAUUCUUAAAUAUGUCACAAAUACACACAGGCAUAUCGGUGCGCACACACACCUCUUGUUUACCAAUCACUCACUUCAAUCUCAUUCUCUUUACUGGAGCUGGUGUGUCUCUGAAAACAGUGAACAGAAGCCUCUCAUACGCUAGCCAACACUAAUUAGGCAACUGAACCUGUAUCACUCACUGCAGAGAAAUACAAGCUCUUUUACCAAGACAGAUGGCCUAGAGUCACUGGGUAUUGUUAAAAACGGUCAAUGAAUCAUGUCUGUGCAGAGUUGAUUGUAUUUGGCCUUUCAUGGAUUUCAAAAUUGAUAUGGGAGUUUCGUUUCUCUGGAGCACUUUAUUUAAUGACCACCUUCGUAGCCAGGAGUCCCUGCUAUGACGUGGACAUAAACAGUGGCUAUAUCGCAUGCGGGCGAUUAUCCUUAUCCUAGAAAGAUUUAAACCGGUUUGUUUUUGUUCAAUUUACCCGUCCGAUAAAUAAUGCCAGCGGAGAAAUAGAGUGAAGUGAAUCUAUUGUCUUUAAAUCCUUUCUCUGGCGCUUUGGACAGUGUUGAUUCUGUGUCUUAGUACGUUUUGUUACCAAAAUCAUUCUUUGUUUUAAGGACAGAUGUCUGUCUAUAUGAAGUGUUAAUACAUGUCCAUGUAACACAUCUGUAACUCCAUAUGUUUCCUUUUACUGAACAUGUACAGUGAAAAUCAAUAAAGUAAUCAACUACAGUA